AUGAUGAAACCAACCAAAAUUCAAGAAAGUCAGUAUACUUAUGAAUAUCCAAGACACUGGGUAGAGUAUGUAGGAGGUGAGAAAGCUAUUGAAAUCAGACAGGUUCGAAGUAUUCCAGCAGGAAGAACAAUAUUAUUGAAGAACUUUAAUGUUAGUAGUAGAUAUAAUGAUGAAACAAAGAAGCAAGAUAGUUUCCCUGUUGCUGUGUAUGUGAACCUAGACACAGGAGAUGACAUGAAAGUUUUUAACACAAAGCUUCAAACGGUAGUGAGAGAACAACUGACUGCGGAAGGGCAUCCAUUACCUUCAGAAGUUACCAUAGCAUAUAAUUUUGAAACAAAUGCAAUAGAUUUUAAAGUCAUCUCUGCAAAGAAGUCAGGUUUUACAUUUAAUGAAGCAGAUGUAUAUUCGAAUGAAAACUUCAAAGCUAUUGCAUGGUUAGAUAAUGACGAUUGCUUUAAGAAAAUAUUUAAAUACAGUGACUCAACGAUGUCAAUAGAUGACCUUCGUGGAAUGUUACCAUCGACGUUUACAGUAGAAGGUUCAGCAGGAUUGCUUACAAGAUUGUCAAUUGGUGGUAUUUGGUCUCGUGAGAACAUU